AUGACCGACCAGAAAUGGACAUGUCCCGAUAUGAACAACGGAUACCUGAAAAGUUCGGACGUCGGCGUCACCGAACCACCGGAAACCGUCGUCGACCGUCACCUUCUCACCAACAACAGCGGAUCACGUCGUACAACAAUCGUCCAGGUAACUUCCGGCGGUACGACGAAGACGAGAGUUUUUCCGGUGAAAACGAAACCGUACAGGGAAAAGGUAUUAUUGGGGGCAGUUUUGGUUUUGGUUGUUGUAGCUACUACUUCUUUGGUUCUACUUAUAAGUGGCACGAAGAAUUGUGGUUUAGGCAAAGUUUACUUAGUCCAGAUUAGAAAAAUUGGCGAUUUACCAUUAAGAGAAGUGUUAAAUUCUUUGGGUGGUUGGCCAGUGACCCAUCAGAAUUGGGAACCACCAAAAUUCUCAAUUGAAACUCUUUUGGGGAAAAUCCGAGGUGAUUAUAACGAAGCGGUUUUAGUAGAACAAUGGGUUGGACCCGAUGAUAAAAAUAGUUCUGUUAAUAUCCUUCAGUUAGAUCAAACUCAAUUAGCCUUACCAAGUAGAGAUUAUUACUUAAAAGCGAGCAGCGAAGGUGAUAUGCUAGCUUAUCACAAGUACAUGACGAACAUAGCAGUUCUCCUGGGAGCGAAUAAAACCACCGCUGGCGAAGAACUUCGGCACGUGGUUGAAUUCGAAAAGAAGUUGGCGAAUGCGAGUUUACCGGAAGCGGAUCGACACGACACCAGCGCGAUAUACAAGAAAUUAACGCUUGCGGAACUUCAGAAGAUCGUGCCGCAAAUUAAGUGGCUCGAUUACUUGACGACAUUUUUAGAGGCGAAAAUUGAUGAAAGAGAACCAGUCGUAGCUUAUGGUCUUUCUUAUUUUAUUGAAAUGGGGAAAUUAAUUGAGACCACAGAUAAACGAAUCAUACACAAUUACGUUUUAUGGAGAUUAAUAAUGGCUUUAGUUCCACAUAUGAUCGAUGAUUAUCAAAGAGAACGCGUUGAGUUUCGAAAAAUACUUUUAGGGAUUUUAAGUGAAAGACAUCGAUGGUCUCAAUGUGUCGAAUGGACUAAUAAGAAACUUGGAAUGGCAGUGGGGGCUUUAUUUAUACGCGAUAAUUUUAAUCAUGAAAGCAAAGAAACCGCUUUAAACAUGAUUCAUACGAUUCGUGAAGCUUUCAAUGAAUUAUUAGCUCAUAAUCAUUGGAUGGACGAUGAAACUCGAGCUGUUGCAAAAGAAAAAGCUGACGCUAUGAACGAGAGGAUUGGUUAUCCACAAUUAAUUACGAAUAGCACCGAAUUGAUUAAGGAAUAUGCGGGGUUGAAUAUUAGUAAAAAUGAAUUUAUGAAGAAUAUUUUAAAUUUAUUAAAAUAUGAGGCUGAACAGAAUUUGCAAAAGUUACGACAACCGGUUGAUAAAGAUAAAUGGUCGACGGAACCAGCUGUGGUUAAUGCAUUUUAUAAUCCAAAUAAAAAUGAUAUAGUUUUUCCUGCUGGAAUUCUCCAACCUUUAUUUUACAGUCAACAUUUUCCAAAAUCAUUAAAUUAUGGUGGAAUUGGAGUUGUAAUUGGUCACGAAAUAACACAUGGAUUCGAUGAUAAAGGAAGACAAUUUGAUAAGGAUGGAAAUAUGAUGCAAUGGUGGAACAACGCGACAAUUCGCGCUUUCAGAGAGAGAGCGCAAUGCAUAAUCGAUCAAUACUCAAGGUACAAAAUUGAUGAGGUUGGAUUGUACGUGAACGGGAGAAUGACCCAAGGAGAAAAUAUCGCGGAUAAUGGAGGAUUAAAACAAUCAUUUAGAGCUUAUAAGAAAUGGGUAACGAAGCAUGGUAAAGAACCGGAUUUACCAGGAUUAAAUUUAACUCACGAUCAAUUAUUUUUUUUAAACUAUGCCCAAAUUUGGUGUGGUUCAAUGCGUCCGGAAGACGCCCUAACGAAAAUCCGUUCAAGCGUGCAUUCUCCGGGUCCGAUUCGGGUUUUAGGACCGUUAUCGAAUUCUUGGGAUUUCGCCAGAGCAUAUAAUUGCCCAUUAGGUUCUCCCAUGAAUCCAACUAAUAAAUGUAAUGUUUGGUAGAGAAGCUUUUUUAAUGGAAAUUGUUAUCUUGGAUAAAAAACUAAAACGAUGUUGGUAACUUUAAGAUAAAGUUACUGUAUAAAAAGAAAAAUAAUAGAAAAUGGAAAGAAAUGAAAUAAAAUAAAAUCUAAAGAAAUUAUAUAAAAAUGAAUUAAAAUGAAGAAGCGAUUGACAUAAUCAUUAGUUAUUAAGAAAUUUUCGUUUUUAUUUUUAUUUCUUUUUAUGUAAAACUGUUCCUGUAAGCACAAAAGAUGAUAUCAAAAAAUUGCUUUUAUAUUUUAUUUUUGUUUGUUUAAAAAAAAUUGAUUUGGAGAUAAAAAUUAAAAAAAAAAAAACAUAUCCACUUGUACCCUUGUGAAAGUGAUGAUAUACAUAUCAUUUACCGCUCGAUAUACAUCACAAUUUAUUUAUAUAAGAUAUAUACAUAUUAUACAAUAUAU